AUGUGCCCCCUUGGACGAUCUUUGGUGCCCAUGCUGGAGAAAGAAGCAGAUUCUAUCACUGCUUAUGGUUUCGAAGCCAUUAAGCGUCUUAGAACCGCAAUUGAAAGGCUGGAAAACGCGUUUGAAUCGGAGAAGCUUGCGCUAUCAGCUGCGUCAUAUACGAUUGGCAUCUCAGUAGCGAUGCGCCGCUUGCCGCUCGUUGCCAUUAAAAACAAGCAAACUAUUGGAGAAUGUGAGCUUUUCACCAAGUACUUUGAUCCCAUCUUGGCAUCGCUAUUCUCUGAUCCUGACAGAAAAGUGCUCCUUCGCUGGUCCAACGUCAUGUCUGAUUAA